GACUGGGACUAGGGACAGACAAAUUAUUUGGUGCCCAGAAGUAGUAUAUUAAAGCUAGCAGGGGAAGUACAGAGGUGUUCAAGGAAUAUUGAUGAACCCAAAUUGCACAAACGCUUCAGUGCGGAGAGAAUCUGAAAAUGGGUGACAACAACAACGAAGAAACACGUGAACAGAAAAUCGAUUGGCAAUUCCCAGAGCUGUUGUCAAAUGAGGGUUUAAUCGAAUUUUUGAAACGGCGUUAUGUGGAAUUGCCACAGCCUUGCACAUUGGAUAGAGAGAAACUGUUAGAGUUAUAUUACAGACAUGUUAUACCACUGCCUCAGCGUCAAUACAAGCCCAACAGACGAGGCAGAGAGAUGACAAAGAAACAAAUUUUACUGGCCAAAAAGAGAAAGAUCACAUUUUCAAAUGAUGCUGAACCCAUUGUAAAAAAACGUUCCUUAUCAAACACAUCAGAGGAUAAGCCUCUCCCUAGGUUUAUGACAUCAGCAAAUGUCACCAGCAGUUCUUCAGAAAGGACAGAGCCACCAAAAUCUAUGAUAAAUUUUGAUCGAAAGGUUAUCAGGUUGAACUCUGGCAAAGUAAGGUCAUCAAGUAUUGAAUCAGGAAAACAGAGGAUUACAGUUUCUAAUACAGAAUCUGAAAACAAGACAGUUACAGUGAAAAGUGUAGAAUCUUGUAGAGAUGUUAAAAAUGAAUCGUCUUCAAGGACUAUUAAAUUGGGUGAAGUCUGUUCAACAGUAGAUAAAUCAACGUCAGAAGGGAGGGAAGAGUCUCAAGGGUCAGCUGAUGCUAAAGUGCAAAAACACAAGAUGGAAGAAGAAUCAGGAAACUCACCAAAGAAGAAAUUUAAGAGGAUAUCUUGGCCUUGAACCAUUUUACAGAUAUUUAUUAACUUAAAAGAAUUGUCUGCUAGACUUACAAAUUUCUUUUCCAUGCUCAUGUUUAUUCUGUCUGAAGGCACAGAUAGUUAAAAAUGGACCCUGAGUAUUAUUUUGUCAGAAUGGGACUUGGUACCAGUAUAUACAUGUAUAAAGAUUCAGGAUUUCCCUAUUUCUUCUAAUUUUUGGGACAAAUAUUAGUAGUGCUGAAAGCAGAAUAUUACAUUUCUUUCCCAGCAUUUUGGAAAAGUUAAGAUAUGAGUAUGUUGUUCAUUAGAUGGCCUAACCAUGUGAGAAGAAAGAAACUAAAUGUUCCUGCUACAAUUACAUGUAUAUUGGCUGAAAACAGCAGACAAGGUGUCCCAAAAAAGAGAAGAAAUAGGGUAUAAACAAGUUAAAACCCAGAUAAAGUGCAGGGAAUUUUAAGUAGAAAUUAUAAUGAGUCGAAUUUUAUGAAGUCUGGGGCAGACUUCUGGCCUGUACCAACUGAAUAUGGAGUUUUCUAAAGGUAUGUCAUUAUGACAACAGUAUAAUACCAGUGUAAACUAGCGUCGCCGGUUUGUCGUGGGCUACUGGCCAGUCUUUAAACAUGUUAAACAUGAAGUGGUCAUGUUUAGAUAAUUUGUUUGGUGUUUUAUGUGGUACUCAAGAAUAUUUCACUUAUAUGACAGCAGCCAGCAUUAUGGUGGGAAACUAGAUAAUUUGAAUGAUCAGUCAUUGGCUUCUCAAAAUUAGAUGUUGGUUUAGAAUACAGACACUUAUUCUUGUGAAGGACUCUGGAGUGUUUGUGAAUGUCUCUGGGGUAUUUCCAAACCUUUCGGGCUAACAAACCUGUUUAUCCAUUUUAACCUGUUGUUGUAAAGAACAGUGUUUUGUGCUUAAUUUCAAGUAUGCUCGGUAUUUAACACCAGGAGCUCCAAUGUUCUUGUGUAUUGCUCAAAAUAUCAAUUCAUGCUCAUGUAUCCCAUGUUUUUUGUUGUGGCUGUUGCACAUGGAUUAAGUGCUGUAUUAGAACAGCUGCAUGAUUUUAUUUUUAACUGUGUUCAAGCUCAUGCUGGCUUCCUCUCCACUUGUACUUAGAAAGGUCAGCCAGCAACCUGCUGAUGAUCGUGGGUUUUCCGAACACUGUACUCCCCCAUUAUGCUGGCCGUCGGGGUAUAAGUGAAAUAUUUUUGAGUAUGGCGAAAAAAGUCAAUGAAAUUUAAUAAAAGAAAUUUUUUUAAUGAUUAUUAUUUCUUUGAAUGUACAUGUAAAUCAUUGGUGUGCUAGUUGGUUUUAUUGCGGUUAUAAAUUGCUGUUAUUUGUCACAAUUUAAGAGCUGCAGGAGUUCAGGUUUUCACUGAUAAUUAUUCCCUUGUGUAUUAAUAAUCUGUGCAAUUACAUGUACACUUGCGGUAUACUGCUGUUAGAAAUGGCUAUGAGCAUUUUUCACAAU